UCAAGCAGACACCACCGCCACCGCGAAGACCACAGCCAUCGCCAUACCCACGAGAGCGAUCGAGAGCGUGACCGUGGCCGUGACCAUCACAGACACAGACGCAGACAUUCCCGUGGACCCGAAUCCCGACAUGGCCGACACUCCUCCAAACGCAUCACCACGAAGAGCUCCGCCUCUGAACCCAAACCGGCUCCUAUCGUACUCCCGUUACAUGCGUGCGAACUAACAAAGCGGGACUUGAGUGUUUACGAGCCUAUGUUUGCUAUGUACUUGGAUAUCCAGAAGGGGAUUAUCAUGGAGGAUUUGGAUGAGGAGGAAGUCAAGGGCAGGUGGAAAAGUUUUAUCCGGAAAUGGAACCGUGGAGAAUUGGCUGAAGGAUGGUACGACCCUAGUACACUUGAAAAGGCGCAGAAAAGCGAUAUCCGGAACGAGACGCGGCCGUCGCCGAAUUACGAACGAGCGGGUAGGGACUCUGGAACUCCUGUACCAGCUGCUGGGCGUGAUGAGGAGGCAGACGAAGACGAAGACGAAGACGCGGAUGAGGAUGAGGAUGAGGAGGAAUACGGUCCUCUUAUACCACACCUUGAAUCGUCGAAUAAGACCAGUGGUCUCGCGGCGGGUCCGACAAUCCCCACGAUGCAAGAGCUGGAGCUGCGGAAAGAAACCGCUGUAGAAGAUGCAAUUGCUGAACGGCAGGAUGCCAGGGCGCAGCACAAGGCAGAAAUCCGGUCCCAUCGAUCUGAGAUCCGUCAUAUGGAGGAUGAGGUAGCGCCGCGUGCAGAACCAGGGACUCAUGAGCGGCGCAUGGAGAAAAGGCGCGAAGCCGCGGCUGCGAAUAGGGCCUUUGCGGAGUCUCGUCGUGGUGGAUCACCCACGGAUGCUGCCCCGGAUGACGAGCUCAUGGGUUCCGGGGAGAACGACCUAACUGCGAUCAAGUCCGCGCGGGCGAGGGAGCGGCGCAAGAAGAAUGAGCGCGAGAUUCGACGAGAGGAAAUCAUGCGCGCCCGUGCAGCAGAGCGAGAAGAGAGAUUGCAGCGCUACCGGGCGAAGGAGGAAGAAACUAUAGGGUGGCUCAAGACACUGGCGAAGCAGAGAUUCGGCUGA